GAUUUUGUUUGUUUCUCUACCUUUUGGGGAUUUUAGGGCUGUUAUCACUUUCAUAUCUUGUCUUCCAAAAUUACAUGAUUUUUCUUUACCUACGACGUCGUAUUACUUGACAACUUGCUAUGUUCGAUUUCAGAAUUCAUAAACAAAUGUGUGCAGCUAAUUUUGCAGUCAACAAGAAUAUCCUAAUAAGAUGGAUAGAAUUAGCAAGCUUCCUUUAGGCAUAAUAGAAACCAUAUUAUGUCUACUACCGAUUCAAGAGGCAGCAAGGACAAGCAUCCUCUCUAGGGAAUGGAGGUACCUUUGGACAAAAAUUCCUAAUCUUGUGUUUAUUGAGAAGAAUUUUCAAGUGUCGACCGAUCGGACCGACGGGGCUGAGCUGUCUCUUUAUAACAAACCAAGUAAAAGGAGAAAAAUGUCCAAGAAAAGUAAAUUUAUCGAUGCUAUAUACCAGGUUCUGUUAAUACAUGAGGGUCCGAUCCAUGAGUUCACCCUUGAUAUGCAAGUGGAUGACUCGGGUGUUGAGAUUGAUCAUAUACUACUUCAUUUGUCGAAGAAAAAAACUCUCAAGAUGUUAAAUCUUGAUAUUAUUGGUGAUGGCUAUGAGGGGUAUGUGUUGCCCAUUUCUCUCUUCUCCUUACAUCAACUAACGGAGUUGUAUCUCAAUGAUUGUGCUCUUUUCCAUGAGCGUCCAUUCACUGAAUUUCGUUGCCUUACAACCUUAUAUUUGAACGGUCUAUCGACAUAUGACACAACGCUUCUGCGUCUCUUAUCAAGUUGUCCGGUACUUAAGAGAUUGAUGCUCUAUUGUGACGGUGGAACUAUCUCAGAUAGUCGACGUACAACCAUUGUUGAUUUAUUCAAGUGUGUACCAAUGAUUGAAUUUCUCUCUGUUAGGUUUUUCAUCGUGACGAUGUAUGAAGACUAUUGGCUUGACGAAGAUGAAAUGGGCGCCUAUACACUAGAAGAUUAUUCAGAUAUUAUGUUGGAGAAUCUGAACGAAUUUCAUAUUUUGAAUUAUAGAGACGCGGAGGAUGAGUUGGACUUUGUGAAGUUUAUAUUGGCCAAGUCACCUGUACUUAAGAAGGUGGGCGUAUUCCCAUGUGUUAAGUUUGAUGAAGAAGAAGAAUCGAAGAUUUUAAAAAGCCUUUCGCUUUCUCCAUGCGCAGCACCGGUAGGAGAAGUCGUCAUAUAUUUGGAGCCUAAUUAGUCGUGUGAUUUUGUUAUGUUCUUUUUGACUGUUUUUGUGAAUUGAACAAAGUUGUUUCGAUCUGCAUGAUGUUUUCAGAUGGAUUUAAGCUA